CGUGGUAGUAAAGCUCUCAGGAGGGUAGCACAACAUUACACUGCGCACUGGCAACGCUGGAUUUGACGUAUUGUUGUUAUUAAACCACCAUUUGACCUUGACCAGUCCCCGUCGGAGGAGGAAAAUGGUCACAAUGGACGAACUUUGUGAAAUGGAUUGCAGCGUUUUGAAGAGGUUGAUGAAGGACGACAGUGCGAAAUGUCUGCUUUUGGACUGCAGGUCGUUUCUGGCGUUCAGCGCCGGUCACCUCCGCGGUGCUGUAAAUAUUCGCUGUAACACGAUAGUUCGGAGGCGAGCGAAAGGCUCCGUGAGUUUGGACCAGAUUCUGUCCGGUGAUGAUGAAGCGAGAGCCCGUCUGAAAUCAGGGCUGUACUCCGCCGUGAUCUUGUACGAUGAGCGGACCUCCGAUACAAACACUAUGAAAGACGACAGCACAAUCACCCUGGUACAUAACGCUUUGUGUAGGGAUACGUUUAGAACAGAAGUCUAUCUGCUAAAAGGAGGCUACGACAGAUUUUCCACACAGUAUCCCGAUUACUGUUUGAAAACCAAAACACUGGCAGUAUCCAGCCCUCAGUCGAGUGUGGAGAGCAGCUGCAUCUCCUGCAGAACUCCACAGCAUGACCAGGGUGGCCCUGUGGAAAUCCUCCCCUUUUUAUUUCUUGGCAGUGCCCUCCAUGCAUCUAAAAAGGACAUGCUAGAUCGUAUGGGCAUUUCUGCUCUAUUGAAUGUAUCUUCAAAUUGUCCGAACCAUUUUGAAGGGGAUUACCAGUAUAAGUGUAUCCCGGUGGAAGACAACCAUAAGGAGGACAUCAGCUCUUGGUUCAUCGAAGCCAUUGAAUUUAUAGACUCCAUCAAGGAUUCCAACGGUCGUGUUCUGGUGCAUUGUCAGGCUGGCAUCUCACGGUCAGCCACUAUCUGCCUGGCGUACCUGAUGAAGAAGAAGCGUGUGCGCCUGGAAGAGGCCUUCGAGUUUGUUAAACAGCGGCGCAGUAUCAUCUCCCCCAACUUCAGCUUCAUGGGUCAGCUACUGCAGUUCGAGUCUCAGGUGCUGGCCACUUCCUGUUCUGUAGAGGCCGCCAGCCCUUCCGCCACUCUCGGGCCCAAGUCUUCCUCCACCCCCACAUCGCCCUUCAUCUUCAGCUUCCCCAUGUCAGUAGUGACGCACAGCCAGUCCAGCAGCCUCACCUACCUACAGAGUCCCAUCACAACCUCACCAAGCUGCUGAUACAGCGCAAGACUGAAAAAAACUGCUCACGAACUCAAGAAAGGGUGAAUUUUUCAGACGUUCUUCACUUGGCACAAUCAUGUGGUCGUUCCAGCUGAGCUGCACCUUUUUUUUUUUUUUUACGGCUUCACUGGUGACCCGUCCUCAUCUAACUCACCCUGCGGUCUUCACCACACAUUAAUAUCAGAAGAAUGAAUCGUAAUAUCCUGUGGGGACUGUUCAGCUCCUUCAUUUCCUGUGGUUCACUUCCAAAGACUUUGCGAUUGGCCUUCCUGAAUUCCUUUAAUAGAGACGAUCGUGGCAUUACCUUUGGCAGGAAGUGUCUUUCAUCGAGUUGGUUUUGCAUUUGUCAGUGCAUUGUACAGAGAAGGUACACAGACACUUUCACAAGACGCUUGCGUCGCCUUUCUUUCAGACUGAUCGCGAACAAGACAUUCAAAGCAUUUCAAUCUGCCAUACAGAUCCGUUCCUGUCACAGAUCAGAGCAAUAACUUGAUUCUCCUUCCUCCCAAUCACCACCAAAGCACUGUAUGGUCUGUUUUUUUUGUAUUUUGAAAUGUAUAUAUUGUGUGAAAAGGAUUUGAAACGUUUGGUUUUCUUUGGUAGUUUGUACUGAGGAGAUCUUAUGAAUUAUUUCUGCUGUAUGCCUUACCAACUAUGACGUCCGCACGGAAUGUUCUCAUUAAUAGACUAUUUAACAAAUAGUGUAGGAUAAAUCUGGGUUGUACACUGAACCCUUUUACACUGGAAGUUAGGAAUGGGACGAUUGGGAAGCCACUUUCCAUUUGUUUUGUUUUUAAUAUUCCCCUUUGAAAAGCUCUGUGAGGGAAACAUGCCUUGAAGAGUCCAUAUAGCAGCUGGUUUGUUAAUGUGUGUGGGGACCUACUACUUUUUUUAUGAGAUUGUGGGUGCCUUUUAUAGCACUUUUAAGUGAUGUAAAAUUGAUUUGAGGUUUGUUUUGCACCUCACCGGAAUUGAAGUUGUAACCGGGCAGUGCUUCCCACUCUUUUUUGGCAUGUUAAGUGGUUUGUCUGUCAAACACUGAUGAGAUGAAUGCAAUACUUUUUACUGUACUUGUGAAAUGUUAUUGUCUGACGACUAAUGGCAAUAUCAUACAGAGGGUUACGAUUUUUUUAACUCUACCCUGUUCUGUUGUGUUAUAUGUACAUUUUAUUUAUCUCACGAUUGUCAUUAAAUAUAAACUGUGUU